CUGCAUUAAACUCAUGAAAGGACCAACUUUCAUUGAAAGGGUGGUCCAUAUGGAAGUUGUGGUACGGGUCCAUCCCAGCGCAUCUUGAAAGGAAAUUACUCGAGCAAGGUGUUUCGUGGACCAAACUGGCAUGGGGGAGGCUGGGGUCAAGAGGAGGAGGAUUUGAUUAGGGCCAUUCUUCCUGUGUCGUCUCACUGUCCUUCUCUUUCAUUGUUUCCCUCUUUCGUCUCUCAAGUUGAUUUUUCGCAGCAAGCAUUGUUCCCUCGGUUGCUUCUCUUUACUUUCCCUCUCUCCGGUACUUCAACAACACCAGCACACUCUACACCAGAGCACGCUAUACUCUGCCAUUACUUCUCUGAGGUCUCAGUCAGUGGCAGGCUCGUAACAAUUAAUGGAGAGAAAACAAGGGUUCUUUUCGGUGGUCAGAGGGCUGUCCCCGGGGAGGUCACGGUCACGGUCUAAAAGUCCGGCCAGGAGUGAAUCCCCAAUGUCGGGCCUGCUCCGUCGGAGGAGGAGGAACCACCAUGUGGUUCCACCGGAGCCUUUCAUUUCUCGAUCGGGGAGUCUGAGGCCGGCGGAGGCCUUGUCGCCGUUGAAAGAAGGGCCCGAUCCGGACGGGGCCGACGGUGGAGAUUCACGAAUGGAAGGCGGGUGGACUCAUUGGAUGAAGGGACAGCUAGCGCGGGGACCGUCCGUAUCAACAUCCGCUUGUAAAGGCUCGGAUCUGAGACUGCUGCUCGGCGUAUUGGGUGCGCCGCUCGCGCCAGUGCACGUUAGCACGUUGGAACCUCUUCCUCACCUCAGUAUCAAAGAUACUCCAAUUGAAUCUUCAUCUGCCCAAUACAUCUUGCAGCAGUAUAUUGCAGCAUCUGGGGGGCAAAAGCUUCAGAACUCGAUCCAUAAUUCUUAUGCUAUGGGAAGGGUGAGGAUGAUAGCUUCUGAGUUUGAGACAGCUAAUAAGGUCACCAGGAAUCGGAACUCUUCUAAGGGUGCAGAUUCUGGAGGGUUUGUUCUGUGGCAGAUGAAUCCAGACAUGUGGUAUGUGGAGCUUGCGCUUGGUGGUAGCAAAGUUCAUGCAGGCUGCAAUGGAAGACUUGUGUGGAGGCAUACACCAUGGCUUGGUGCACAUGCUGCAAAAGGGCCUGUUAGACCGCUACGUCGUGCACUUCAGGGUCUUGAUCCGAAAACCACAGCAAGCAUGUUUACCAAUGCAAGAUGCAUUGGGGAGAAGACGAUAAAUGGUGAGGACUGCUUCAUCCUCAAGCUGUGUGCAGAUCCUGCAACAUUGAAAGCCAGGAGUGAAGGAGCAGCAGAGAUCAUAAGGCAUGUUUUAUUUGGUUAUUUCAGCCAGAAAACUGGACUCCUAGUACAUCUGGAAGACUCACAUUUGACCCGGAUUCAGAACAGUGGAGGUGAUGCUGUGUACUGGGAGACUACGAUCAAUUCAUUCCUUCACGAUUACAGACCUGUAGAAGGAAUUAUGAUUGCUCACUCUGGUCGCUCCAUGGUGACUCUUUUUCGCUUUGGAGAUACAGCAAUGAGCCACACAAGAACCAGGAUGGAAGAGGCAUGGGCUAUUGAGGAAGUGGCAUUCAAUGUGCCUGGCCUGUCAAUGGACUGUUUCAUUCCUCCAGCUGAACUAAGACUGGCUUCUCUCAGCGAAGCCUGUGAGAUCUCUCAGGGUCCCAGGGUAAAACUGCUAUGACCACUGCACUACACCGAUCCAAAAUCACAGCACUAGAUGGAAGCUCGUGAGAGUGGUGGUAACAACACCCGAUGGCAUCUGGAAAUCAUAUUUUGAGCUUUGGAAAAGCAACAGGGAGCUAGGGUAGGUGUUUAGUUUUACUUGACUAACAAUGUAGACGGUUAAUGUACAAGUUUAGCAGUUUCCCAUGGAAGUUUUGGGCAUUGGAUCAAUGCUAUCUGAAUUUGUAAAUAGAGUACAAUCAUCUAAGGUUCCCUCUAAUUAAUAUUAUCACGAUAU